UUUAUGAUAGCAAUGUUGCAAUGUACAAUGAGUGAAAAACUGUAUAUAAUGUGAGAGCUGUGAUUGUCACAGCUUGUCACAUGGUACAAGGCUGUUGUGAAUAGCCUUGUACCAUGUGACCUCUGUGAUCAUUCACAGAUUUCACAAGUAGUAAGUAAUGAUGUCAGGAAGUGACAUCUUGUAUACUACUAUUCAUGUGAUCCCUGAUUGGCCAAUCAGUGAUCACAUAAUCGGGACCUCACACAGCGAUCGGUGUUCCCAGGAAGCGUGCACAGCCAGUGAAUGGGGGGUGUUUAUAAAUAGCGACCCGCUUCUGCACUGCUCCCGCCUGGCCGUUUAUGUACAUGGGCCGGACGGGAAGUGGUUA